AAAAAUGUAAAAAUACAAUAUUAGCCGAAAUUAAAUAUGAUGGUGAACGUCUACAAUUACAUAAAAAUAAAAAUAAAUUUGAAUUUUUUAGUCGAAAUCUAAAACCAAUUCAACAACAUAAAGUACAAGAUUUAAAUAAAUAUAUCACUCAAGCAUUUCCAAAAGCCGAUGAUCUAAUAUUAGAUGGUGAAAUAUUAUUAAUUGAUAUUAAAACGAAAAAACCAUUACCAUUCGGAACAUUAGGCAUCCACAAAAAGACCGAAUAUAAAGAGGCAAAUGUUGCUUUUUUUGUAUUCGAUUGUCUCUAUUUUAAUGGUGAAUCAUUAUUGGGUUUACCAAUGAAAGAUCGACGUGCUAUUUUAGUAAAACAUAUGUCACCGAUUGAAAAUCGUAUACUUUUAUCGGAACAAAAAGUGGUGACGAAAAAAUCAGAAUUACAAACGUUAAUCAAUCAUGCCAUUAGCGAAGGAUUAGAAGGUUUGGUAUUAAAAGAUCCAAAUUCAUUAUAUGAACCGGGAAAACGUCAUUGGUUAAAAGUGAAAAAAGAUUAUUUGCUUGAAGGUGCUAUGGCUGAUACAUGUGAUCUUGUUGUUUUGGGUGCUUAUUAUGGAACGGGUAAGAAGGGUGGUCUAAUGUCCGUGUUCCUCUUGGGAUGUUAUGAUCAAACUAAAAAUCAAUGGUGUACAGUUUGUAAAUGUGGUAAUGGAUUUGAUGAUGCAAAAAUUGAUGAAUUACAAACAGAAUUAAAACCAAAUUUGAUUAAAAUUAGUAAAGAUGUUAAAAAAAUACCAAAAUGGUUAAAUAUAAAUCGUCAAUAUGUACCAGAUUUUAUUGUCGAUGAUCCGAAAAAAUCGCCAGUAUGGGAAAUAACUGGAGCUGAAUUUUCACAUUCAAAAGCACAUACGGCAAAUGGAAUUAGUAUUCGUUUUCCACGAGUGACAACAGUUCGAGAUGAUAAAUCAUGGAAAGAAGCGACUGAUCUUGAAUAUUUGACAAAACUAUUUGAAAAAUCAAAACCAACUGUUUUAUUUAAAGACGAAGACAUAGAUGAUGAAAUGGAUGAUGAUGAACUAACGUUUUCGUUUGAAAAUAGGAAUAACAAUGGUGAAGAAAAAUCAUUGAAACGAUCAGCCGAUGGUAUGGAUGAUAGUAAUGUUUCACGAAAAAAAACAGUAGCAACAAAUAGUGAUUCUUCUUCAACGAUUAUAUGUAAUUUUCCAACGAUAUUUAAUCCGUACGUAUUUUAUUUAUCAUCAACAUUGUCUAGUGAUGAAAAAGAAAAUUUAGCGCGCUAUAUAACAGCAUUUGAUGGAAAUAUUGUAGAAGAUAAGAAUGACUAUGGAAUGAUUACACAUUAUGUUGGUACAAAAGAUGAAAAGUAUAACACAAUUAAACAAAAAGUAAAAUUUGAACAUAUUCAAACUGAUGAUUUAUGGAACUGUAUUAGAAAUAAGAAAAAAUUAUAA